UACCAGAAAAAAGAAUAAAAUCUCCAUUGCUUCUUCUGGUUCUCAUCACAGAACCAUCAUUAGCUUUCCCUCUUCUUCUUUUUGUUAUCUUCUUUGAGUUUAGCCUGCAUUGGACUUGGCUUAUCGUCCUCCUCUGCUUCUUCCUCUUUGAUUAUUUUCCACAAUCUAUAAACAAAGAGAUGUCUACAGGGGAAACCAUUGGUAUUAUAGUUGGGGUUACUUUUGGUGCUGUUAUUGUCCUAGCCAUCGCAAUAAAACUUGCAAUAAUCAUAUACUUGAACAAGGCUACAAAAGGAGCCACGCCAUACGCCCAUAUCGAAAUCGGCAACGGCCGAAAACCCAUGUCAAAUCCAACACCACAAGAAUCCUCUGUUGUUCCAGACCCACAAAUUGAAGCAACAAUGAAGAGAUUUUUCAGUAAUAUUGCCAAGGAGAAGCCCAUCAUGUUCUCAGCUCAACAGUUAUCUGGUUUCAGUCAGAAUUACAAAACAAGAUUGGGAUCUGGUGGCUUUGGAGUUGUCUAUAAAGGUGAGUUACCAAAUGGGAUACCAGUGGCAAUCAAACUCCUUAACAAAGCUUCAUACAACCAAGCUAAAGAGCAGUUCAUGGCAGAAGUUAGCACAAUUGGUAUAACAUACCAUGUCAAUUUGGUUAGACUCUAUGGUUUCUGCUUUGAUUCCUCAGUGCAAGCUCUUGUCUAUGAGUACAUGGAGAAGGGAUCCCUUGAUAGUAUAUUAUUCGACAAGAACCAGAGAAUUGAAUGGGAGAAGCUCCAUGAAAUAGCAAUUGGGACAGCGAAAGGAAUUGCAUACUUACAUGAAGAAUGUCAGAAGAGAAUAAUUCACUACGAUAUAAAGCCAGGGAAUGUCCUCCUUGAUGCUGAACUAUUUCCCAAGGUCGCGGAUUUUGGAUUGGCUAAGCUUUCUAACAGAGAUAGUACCCAUAUAACCAUGACAGAUUGUAGAGGGACACCAGGUUACGCUGCACCGGAGAUGUACAUGCCAUACCCUGUGACCAGUAAAUGUGAUGUGUAUAGCUUUGGUAUGCUUCUAUUUGAGAUUUUGGGUAGGAGAAAAAACCUGAAUUCUAAUCUUAGUGAGCCAGAGUAUUGGCUACCAAGAUGGACAUGGGAGAUGUUUGAGAAAGGGAAGCUAAGUGAACUUUUGGAAAAUUUUGGGAUUGAAGAGGAACAUAGAGAGAAGGCAGAGAGGAUGGCAAUAGUGGCUUUGUGGUGUGUUCAAUAUUUGCCAGAUUCAAGACCUUUAAUGAGCAAUGUGGUGAGAAUGUUGGAGGGAGGAAGUGAAAUUAAGUCUCCUCCAAACCCAUUUCAACAUCUAGUCUCUGCUACUCCAAAUUUUACUCUCAGCAUUUCUGAGUCAGAUUCCUCUAUCUCAAAAGAACAAAAAUCUUCUACCUAAAUGUUGACGAUGUUCAUAUGUAGAACCAAUAAUCUUGACUAUGAUAUAGGAACACUUCCAUGUGUCAGUCCAAACCCCUUUCCCAAUGUGGAUGAACUAGAUCUAGGAUCCAAUUGCUCUUUGGGUUUCCCAGGAGCUAGGAUAUAGGAACUUAAUUUGAGUUAUUUUGUAAUUUUAUUAUUUCUUUCUUUAUUAGAAUUAGAUAAAGUUAAUAGUAUUUCCCUAUUUGGUUUUAAAGUGUACCUAGAGUUUGGUUUGGAGUUUAAUUUCAAUUCAGUUUUAGAUUACAAUUAGGAGUAUUUUAUUAUCUUUUGAAUACUAAAUUGUAACCACUGUAAAAUUCAGAUUUGAAG